AUGAGCGAGGGGGCUGCCGGCGCCGCGGCGCCCGGGGCGGCGGAGGCGGCGGCUGCGGCGGGGGGCCCGGGUGGGGAUGGGGCCGGGGGGCCGCCGCGGGAGCUGCGCUGCAGCGACUGCAUCGUCUGGAACCGGCAGCAGACGUGGCUGUGCGUGGUACCCCUCUUCAUCGGCUUCAUCGGUCUGGGGCUCAGCCUCAUGCUGCUCAAGUGGAUCGUGGUGGGCUCCGUCAAGGAGUACGUCCCCACCGAGCUGAUGGACGCCAAGGGCGUGGGGCAGGACCCCUUCUUUCUCUCCAAGCCCACCGCCCCCCCCCGCGGCGCGGAGACCACCGCCGCCGCCACGCCGCGGCCGCCCAGCCGUGUCAGCCCCCGCCUCACCACCAUGAGCCGGGCUCCCCCGCGGCCCCCCGGCACCCGCGGCCCCGCGCGGGGCGGCCCGCGGCCCACCGCGGCCAGGCACCCCGUGUCGCCGCACACGGCACCGCCCGCCAGCGGCCCCCCCGGCACCGCCGGCCGCGGCGUCCGGCCGCCGCCCGCCGCCCCCAGCACCCCGCCGCUGCCCGCCUGGCCCACUGCGGCACACGCUACCUCCUCCUACAAGAUCUACGUCCACGACUCGGCGCCGUCCUGGACCUUGUCUCCCUUCCAGGAGUCGACCACCACCACGCCGGAGGCGAGCACGACCCCCAAAACCCACACCACGACGUAUUCCACGGAACGAUCUGAGCACUUUAAGCCAUGCAAAGACAAGGACCUUGCAUAUUGUCUCAAUGAAGGGGAAUGCUUUGUGAUAGAAACCUUAACGGGAUCCCACAAACACUGCCGGUGCAAAGAGGGCUACCAAGGAGUCCGCUGUGACCAAUUUUUGCCGAAAACCGACUCAAUCUUGUCAGAUCCAACAGACCAUUUAGGAAUUGAAUUCAUGGAGAGCGAGGAGGUUUACCAGCGCCAGGUGCUCUCCAUUGCCUGCAUCGUCUUUGGCAUCGUCGUGGUGGGCAUGCUUUGUGCAGCAUUCUACUUCAAAACAAAGAAACAAACAAAGCAAAUUCACGAACAGCUGAAGGAAACGCAGAAUAGGAAAACCUACAGCCUAAAUGCUUCCAGCAUGAUGGCAAAGUCGGACUGUAUGGCACAAAGCCAAGUCCAGCUGCAAAAUUAUUCAAAACCAGAUAGGCACCCGGGGCCUAUUCUGCACAAAGUUAUGGAGUCUAGUUUUUCAGGCCCUCAGUCCUUCCCAGAGGCCUUGUCUCCUGACAGAGGAACCCAGCCCAUCAAGCAACACAGAAGUCUCUCGUCAUGCUGCAGCCCAGGACAAAAAAGUGGGAUGCUACAUAGAAAUGCCUUUCGGAGGACUCCUCCCUUGCCUCGGGGUAGGUUCAAUGGAAUUACAGGACCAGCAUAUCAACAGCUCGAAGAGUCGAGGAUCACAGACCAGGACACGAUACCUUGUCACGGGUAUUCAUCCAGUGGUUUAAAAACUCCUCAGAAUACUUCAAUAAAUAUGCAACUGCCUUCAAGAGAGACAACCCCAUAUUUUAAUAACAUGGAUCAGAAGGACUUGGUCGGCUAUUCCUCUUCAAGGGCCAACUCCGUUCCCAUCAUCCCGUCUGUGGGCUUGGACGAAGCCUGCAUGCAAAUGCAAAAUGUUUCUGAAGUAACAGGCAUCAAAUGGUGCAAAAACUCCUAUUCUGCUGAACUUGUCAAUGUGAGUUCCCCAGUCAGUAAUUGUCUAAUAGCAGAACAACACGAAGUGAAAAUAUUGCUAGAAACUGUGCAGGAGCAGAUCCGGAUCCUGACGGACGCGCGGCGGGCGGAGGACUUUGAGCUGGCGAGCAUAGAGGCGGCGAGCGGCGCGAGCGAGAACACGGCCUUCCUGCCCAUGAGCCCCGUGGCCAAGGCAGAGCGAGAGGCACAAUUUGUCUUAAAAAGUGAAACGCAAAGAGACUCGGUAUUGACCAAGUGACUCUGUGUGGGGGCUGUGGGAGGGGAAAUGAGAGAUCUGUGCAUUCGAUGCUUUGCUAAACAGGAAGGGAGGAAGUUAAAUACAAAUUAUUUAUAUGCAUUAAUUUAAGAGCAUCUACUUAGAAGAAACCAAAUAGUCAAUCGCCCUCAUAUCAUAGUGUUUUUUAACAAAAUAUUUUUUUAAGGGAAAAGUUCCAGGAGGGAUGAAGCGUGCUUUCAGGUGCUUUCUAGGCAGGAUUACACAGUUUCAGUUACAGAGGAUUGUACCGUGGUCCUGUUCAGCUGGCUGAAGGCUUAGGCUAUGCAUCUCUUUUUCAGUAAAGGCCAAGUACCGUUCUUAGAUGCAUUUCUGGUUUCAGGGCAGCACUGCAGCGAACUGCUGGGCAAGGAUUCAGACCCUGGGGAACACAUCCUGUGGGCCCAACGCAGAUCCAGUCCCCUCUCCCCCUCUGCUCUUGAUUCCAGGUCGCACCACAAAAACAGGGACACAGACACCUACUUCUGAGUUCUUUUACCUGCUGUGGAAUGACGACAACAUCCCUGAAUUGAACAGAUGCUUAACUCUCAACCUUAAUUUGAUGUGUCAGUCAGCCCAAGAAACUCAAUGGAAUCAUUUAGGAGCUUUGGGAUUGGCCAAGAGUAGGAGCUGGAUUGGGUCUGUAGAGAUUCAGUGGUCAGGAGCCCACAGCUGCUCCAUCUUCUGAGCUUUGCCUAUCAGAGCUGCCUUGGUGGAGAGUAGAAGAACAAGACAAAAUGCACAAGUAUGUAAUAGAGCAGGUUUGGGUUUGGUUUCUGGUUUGGGUUCUUUUCAGUGGAAGCAUAAACUCCGUUGUUCAUUAGCACCCCUCAACAUUUCUAAACUUUUACACUCUGGAGGCAUUUGUAAGCUCUCAAGGAGCACUUAGUGUGUGUGUAUUUUUUUUUAACUUAUUUUUUAUUAUGGCUUGUUCAGAGAAGAGUCAGGGAGAUCCAAUAUGGUCAAAAUCCAGCCAAUAAGUGUCCACGCUGCCUAAUUUGUUCCUGCGUUCAGUUCUCCAGUCACUUUAUUUAAUUAUGGCUUAGGCUUGUGAACUUUAAAGCUUCAACCCAGCAGCUGUUUCAGUAUGGGCAAACCACAGGCAUGCAGAGAUCUGACUCUAAUGGAGCUUUCUAAGAGCAGAUGGUUUCCACCAAGUCACUCCCUGCAGGGGAUCAAGGCCUUAGAGAGGAAGUCUCAUUCCCUGGUUGCUGUAUCCUAAUCACAUUAUAAGCACUUUCUGCAUCAGCUUUCUUUUGAGUCCCUCUUCCUCUCCACCUCCCCCAAAUUGUAACAAAAUGUGCCAGUAGUGCGAUGAAUUGGGUUCAGUGACACAUGUUACUGGUUAUAUUAGUGUUAAAAUAUCUGCUUAUUCUCGGGGGGGCAAGAAAUCAACUAUAAUAAAUAAUUGCUAAAUAGCCUUCCCUGGUUAGUGUCAGGAGAUUGAUUUAAAAAAUUACAGUAUAUGCAGAAUUUAUUAAAAUAUUCCUUUGAAGCAAAAUAAUUGUUAAAUUUAUUAAUGUGCCCCAGACUUUCUAGUUCACAAGUCUCAAGACUUCCCAGAAUAGCACAAUCAGUCACGCAGUGCUGUUGUAUGUUGAGUCAGAAUAAAGCAAUAUUUUAACCUCUGUCAAGUAAAUUUAGAUAAGAAAUGCUGAAGGUGUAUGUCUUUUUUUUUUUUUUUUUUUUUUUUUUUUGUUAAGGCAGUAAAAAAAAUUAUUCACAGUCUUCAUUCAGCAAGUCUUAUUUUGGGUUGCUUUUGUGGUUAUGGGGGUUCUUUUAAAGAUAAAGUUGAUUAAAUUGUCCUGUUUACAGAAUUUUCUAUGGCUGUAAUCUUUGCUGUGUGUUUUCAACAGAAAUAUAUUUGAGGGCAAACUAUUUCAUGCCCCAGGAUGGAGCGUGAGUUGUUCAGACUCCCUUCUGCAAAGACACAGAGCUUUGGUUGUAGCAGUGAGGUGGGAUCCCUGUGGGGUUUGGGCUCACCCUGAUGUUUUCCUGUAAUAUGUGGUGGCUGAGCACAUUCUCACUGUGCAUGAGCCGAGCUGAUACGGCCCCAAGCCCACACCAGAUAAACCCUCUGAAAGGCAGGGAGAAUUAGGUGGGCCUCAGCUUGGCAUCCCUACAAUCGUUUGACUUUUCUGUCAACACCAUUUGCAUCCCCCCAUCUCAGGACAUGAGCAAAGGGAGCUUGCCUCCGCCCAUAAGCUCUGUGAACACACCUGUAAUAUAAAAACUGGGUACUAUUUAAAGCUCUGGUUCAACCAUUUGCAAAGGGUGAUCACAAUUAAUAAAUUGUUCACCAUUAAUUUUAUUGAGAUGGUCUCUCUGCAAUACAGUGCAGAAUCCUGCCCAAAAUUAUAUUUAAAAAUUACAUCUUCUCAAUUCACAUGCAAGAUCUUCCCUCCCCCAAGCUCUGCAAGUUCACCUCUGGCAACAUAAUGGAAACACACAGCAAGAUUUCAGUCGAAGAAAGAACCAUAUCAUAAGCAAUGCCUUUAGGGAUAGAAUGUGUUCUUGCAGCACCCCCAAAAGACCCAGAAAGAGGAGACGAGCAAUGUAUUUAAGAGAAUGAAAUGUUUUACUGAAUGAUAGCUGAAGAUCUGAAAUGGUGAGGAUAUCUUUGGUUCAUGUUAGAGAUACGAUCUUGUACUCAGCAAAGGAUGUGUGACUGUUAUAUGUUAACUGUUCUAUUCAGUUCUCAGCAUGUUUGAAUAGAGAGACGUUAAUAUUAACCAAUGACAGACUAGUGUAUUAUUUGUUAAGAGCAUCGCUUCAGAUCUUAUUGAAACUGUCAUUGUUUGCAGAGGAAAACAAGAAGGGUUGAAAACAUCCAACUAGGUAGCCUUAAUGUUGUUUGUGUGGCUCUCUAAUGCAACUGUUUUCCUCUGUGGACCUUCCUGUUUUACAGUGAACGGGGAAACAUUUUCUCUGAGGUCUGACAAUUAAUUGUGUAAAGGAUCCAUAUGAAAGUCGUACUGAAACAGCCAAAAUGGUAGGCCAAAUUUUGCUUUACUUCUGGUCCCACUGAACUUGUGGAUUGGAAGGGAUGCAAGUCACUGAGAAAUGCAAUUCAUUCCUAAAAUUACAUCUUUUCCCAGCCUUGGAGACAGUCUGUGAUCCCCCUAGAAGAGGCUCUGAACUCAGUUGUUUACAUGUAACAUAAUUAAAACUUUUAUCUGACUUAUGAAGUUCCAGGUGUAGUCUGGUGUGAAAAUUUACACGCAGAGAGAUGCAUUCAAGCAAACUGGGAGAACAGCUGACUAAAUAAAUUUAACUUUUCUCUGAACUGAGCAGAGACUAAGCCUGUGUCUCCAGCACAAUACCAUGGAGGAGAGUUAUGAGAGGUGUAUGUCCUGAUCUUUUUUUUAUUAUUAUUAUUAUUCCUGUUUAGAAUUUCUUCAAAAACAAUCCAAAAUAACCCUAAACCUCCCCCCUCCCCCCAAAAAAAACAGUAGAACAAUCCCAGCACUUGAAAUAGGAAAUGUAGGUAAGUAUGGGCACAUUUCAUAGUGUUAACCAUUGAAAAACUCUUCAGUACCCCAAGACCCAAAGCUGAAGUGUUGCAAUUUUUGCAGGGUCAUGUUUAGAUCAGCAAAUGGUUCUGUGGAACAAGAGCUCUUCAGAAUGCUUUUGGUACCCAGCCACGCUCUCAGCUGCUGCAGUCAGUGCAGCAAUGACAGUGUAUGUUAACAGGGGAUCACAUCCCAGAUCUGUGCUACCUGAUGUCCAGUGUGGUGUCACAAAGCUUAGUAGUCUCCCAUGUGGUGUAAGCACUGCUACACUGAUUUAUUUUGCCUCUGAGCAUCCCAGCAGGGUGUGAACACUCUCAGCAGAGCGCAGUGUGAGGCUCCUGGGCCGAGUGAUUGGGUUGUCAGGUCCAUCUGGUACAGGCCUGAGUGUCCCUGGCCAGGCUCUAGCAGCAGUGAACUCGCCACCGUGUGCCUGAUCCCUCACCAGAAUCCCACAGCUUCAAGUUUGAAUUUUGAAAAAAACAAGGGAGUUGAUGGCAUGUGCUUAUGACCAGGCAUGUGCUCAAUGUGUUCCCAAAUCGAAAUGUUCAUUUAAUUCACAUCUACUUCUCAUGUAAGUAGGGAGAAAAUCUGGAUUUCUUUUCCCAGUUUUUCCCCAGGUUCCUGUAGUCUUCUUUUGGACAUUACUUGAACAUUUCUUACUCUUAAGAAAUUCUGAAAAUGAAUACCAAAGAAGAACUCUGAAAGAGUCCUACCUGCAGUAAAUAAAUUUGAAGCUUGAAGGAGCAGACCUGGAAUAAAAACUGGGUUUGAAAGUAGUAUUAAUAUCAAUUGCCUUUCAAUAAAAUGAAAUUUCCCUGUAAAUUCUUUGCCCCUUGGGAAAACAAUGAGCUUAUAAUGUGAUUUAUUAUAUUGCCAUGAAUUUAAAAUAUUCAUCUUCAAGGAGAUUGGGAAAAAGCAAAUAUUAUUAUAGAUUUUUCAGCUUUUGUGAUUUAUUUUUAUUUUAUUUCAGCAGCCUAACAGGUCAAUGAACCCAUUAUCUGUAUUGUCUGACACACAAAGUCUCCUUGUUUGUGGUCUAAAAGCUUCACUGUUAGAUUUCCUUACAGAGAACAAGAUUUUAUCUAAAUUUUAUUUUACAACUAUUCAUAGAAUAAUAUAGUUUUUUGUCUUGAUGAAAAUAUAAAGUGAUGCAAACUUUUUUGGUUUUGUACUGCAUUAUUGCUGAAUUUACAGCGAGACUGUGCUUCCUUUGUUUUGAUGUCUACUCACAUGAAAACAACUGACACCCAGUUUUUAGGUUUAGACUUGGCACUUCCAAAUCAUGGUAUCAAGCAGGAUUUCUGUGUUUUCAAUAGCAAAGUGCAAACAUGAUAUAGAAAUGAAAUAGCUACAAUAGCAGUAAAAUUACUAAUAAAGUAGGCUUGUGUUUGGGUUUUGGGUUUUGGGGUCAUUUUUAUUCCAUAGCAAUUAAGAGGAUUGUGCCAUGGGAAUUGGUAGUCUCUUGCAGGAAAUACAGAAUGUAUUAUUGAGUGGAAAGUCAUUGCAGUAGCCUAGAACUAGAAAAGCCACAGUGGAGGAGGAAACAGUCAUCCAGUGUCUGCUGCAGGGGGUAAGAGUGCUUUCAUCUUAAUAGGAAAAACCAGUAUAAUUGUUUACCUGUUGAAACUGCCAGAAAAGGUAAAUUAUCUGGAUUUAUUAAUGAACACAGUGGUAGUGUUUGGUUAAAGGGAAAGAGGCAGGAAUUCCUAAAUUUGUAAUGCCCCUGUUCCUUGGAACAAAUCUAAUUAUGUUUUGGUUCUGUAUUAUUAAAGCACUGUUUCCAGUGCUUCAGAGACAGGGUGGUCACACCUCACUGACAGCCUGCACUGACUCUUCCUUGCUUGAAAAGAUUGAGCACUUUCCUCUUUGAUCAACACUCCUGUAAACAAGGAGUGAUUUUCUAGUACCCCACGAGGCUGUUCUUGUGCAAGUUUUCCCAGAUAAAUAAUAAAAUACAACAAGACCACCUACAAUUUUAAAAAUUUUAUAUAAGAAACUAUAUAUAAUAUUUUAUAGUGAUAAUGGAGAGGAAUUACUGAUGACUGAAGUAUGUAAAUAAACCAUGGGAUAUAAUGUAUGUCAGUGGUAUGGAAAUCCUGUAUUUGUACCGUAGCUUUUAGUAAUACAUUCUCUUAACUCCAUCAGGAGACCUACAUGCAAUUUAAUUUUUUUUUUCCUAAGGGGGACCAUGGUCAGUACCAUGCCACUGUAGUGACUGGGCACUGAUGUCCCCUGGUCCUUAUUUCUUCCUUUGCAAGACCCCCUUCUGUGCUGUCCCACGCCUGCUCUGGUCUGGCUGAAAUCACUGAAUUUGACACAAUUCAGCUCCUUUAUUCAUGUUCAGUUUUACCUUACCCUCAGAAUCAAGAGUAUCAGCCUGACAUUUGGGACACUGAAUAAAUUUAAGGCCUUAAAUAAUUUAAUGCAUUUAACAUUUGUCUGCUUUGGUUUGACCUGAUGGGAAAUCUCUCCCUUGAAGAAGGAUUUAUGCAGCCUGUGCUGCAAGGCACUUUCCUGCCAUUCCUUCAGAUGUGCCACUAUCAACAUUUCCACUCUCUGAGUCAGCCACUCUCUGAGUUCUCCUGCCCAGCACUGGGAAGUACUGUGAGAUUACAGACCAGGGCCUCAGACCUCUUUUAGUGUACCAAAGACCAGAAGUCAUCUGAAAUGUCCUGAACUCUAGCAUCAGAUGUGACUUUCUGCUUCUUACUACUAAAAUGUCUCCAAAAGUUAAGGUCUCUAAUAUGCAUCACAUUAAAUUAUGUAACAUAAAUAAUGCCAAAGGUCAUAAAAUUAAGAGUUACAUGACAAAUACUAUUUUUAAAUGUACGUCUUGCUUUGAAGGAAUAUGGAACAAGAGCUCCCUGUUGUGUAAAUAUUUGGAAACAAAAAAAAUUACAAUAGUAGAGGAAUAUAAAAGAACACUACUAGUAAUUCAUACUCUAAACUAAAAACUAGUCCCUUGCCUUCUCUGAAAUAAACAGUAGUAGUUGAAGGUUAUCCAGAUGCACCAGGGACAUGAAGACUCAGUGAGGCUGGUUUAUAAGUCAUAUGUCUAAGACCUUUUCUCUGGAAAUCCAGGCUUGGAGUUUCCCUUGUUUACAUUAAGAUGAUUCUUUCAUAACAUGAAAUUUACUCCUAUACGUUGCACACCUCAGCAUAGGCAGGACAGAAACACAUUUCAGGAUUCCUUUGGCUUUCUGACUCAAGUUAAACUCACUUGCUUUAGAUUAUCUCUGAUCUCUCCCAGGAAAGGAUAAAUUAAUAUCCAAAAAGACAAGAAGAGAGACUUGAAUGCUUCGUGACUCUUUUUUUUCAAAAAUCAACUGAUUGCUAUUAAGAUUAGAGCCAUCUGCUGAACUUCAGUGUUCUAGAAACAGCUGAGACUUUCACUGCUCUUGAUGGGGCAAACAGCAGGUGGUAGAAGCAUCACCACCCUCACCACCCCAGCAAGACACACAGGGAAUGACUGGAGAAUAGGGUAGGGAGCUUCUCCUGACUGUGGCACAGCUUUUUCCAUGAGGAGGGAUGGAUUCUGUGUCGGGCCAGGUCACAUCAUCUGAGAAACUUGCCUUUUGUUUCUUUCUCAGAUCUCUCUCAUUUCAGUGAAAUUGUGGUCAUCAGCACUAGUUUGUUUUUUAAGUUAGGGAUUUCCAAAUUCUGCAGUCCUUUGAAGUGUUUAAUUUAGGAAGCAGAGUCUUCCGAAGAAAAAAGAAAAAUUUCUUCUGCGAUUUUUUUAAACCAUUGAAAUACAUGUAUUACUUUAAGUAUUUUUGUAAAAAUUAGGUGUUGCAAAUCUAAAUUACAAAUAUUUAGAUUUAAAUCAUGAUAAAAGGAGAUGGGUAAGACCUGUGUUUUAUGUUUCUCUCCUGAUCUAGUUGAAGAUGUCCCUGCUUGUUGCAGGGGUGUUGAACUAGAUGAUGUUCCAACCUGAACUAUGCUAACCAUAUAUGUUCAAGUUAGUUCUUUCAAACUGUCCUUAAAAAGUUGUAUACAUCCAUGAUAACUUUGGGUUAGAAAGGUAAAUAAGAUACUUGGACUACAUAAAACUUCAGGUCAGACUCUAGUGUUGCACAAGUGGCAGCUGUUUCACGGCAAGCACGGUUAAUGUGAAGGCUCCCAAAGGAGGAUAUUUAUGGUGCCUCAGCAGUUGAGCUGCCUGAAAUAAACCCCAGGUCUCUGCCUGUGCAGUGCUAACCUCUGCUCCUUUCCAGAGGUGACCCACAGGGUGUCUGAGCUCCUCCACCAGUGACUCUGCCAAAAGGCAGGUGUCAGCACUGACUUCUGUGAAGGCUCCUCUCAUUAAAUCAAAAUUAAAUAAUAUGAGCUAAAAAUUGAUGGGAUGGAUUCUCCCAGGUAUUGCCAGGUUAUAUGGAGUGCCAGCAGCAGUGCUAAUUUACAGUUUCUGAGGCUGUGGCCCAUGGUUUGACCUAAUUCAUUAGUUCCCACCACCUGAGCCGGGGCAAUUUAAGCAGAAAUGUCUCUGCCCAUCAGGGUAACUUCAGAACAUCAUUAAAGCGGUUUGAUUCCAAAUAGCCUCUUUUUUUUUUUUUUUUUUUUAACUUCAUUGUAUAUUCUCCUUGAUUAUUGCAGAGGUGAAGUUGCUUCCAAAGUCUUAAAGUUGUCAUCACGGAUCUGUCUACCAGAGUCGUGGUCACUCAGCUCCAGUGCUGACAGUGGUGUCCAGUCCUCCAACUCUAAAGAUCAGAGCUGGCUCUUGCAGUCCAAAAUCAUGUAUGUAUCAUAGAAUAGCUUGGUUUGGAAGAGACCUUAAAGAUAUCUAAUUCCACCCCCACUACCAUGGGCAGGGUCAUUUUACAACAGAUCAGGUUACUCCAACCCCAUCCAACCUGGACUUGAAAACUUCCAGGGAUGGGGCAGCCUCAGCCUCCUGGGCAGCCUGUUCCAGUACCUCCCCACCCUCACAGGGAAGAAAGAGUACAAGCAAAGCUCUCCAUGCUUGUUCUGCAGCAAUUGUAUGCAUUCAGAUCUUAGCAUGAUCAAGCUGAUUGUUCACAUUAUCAAUUUGAUUUAACAAAGUUAUCUCCUAUAUGUAAUUUCCAUGCUGCUUCUCUGGAUGUUAUAUAGAGAAGCAUGGAGACAAAUUCAGCUUGUCUGCAUUUUUACCUCAGUUUACAAUGGUAUGAUUUUUUCCAAAGCUGUUUAAGAGACCAACCCUAAAAUUCUGACCUGCCUUGGGGGAGCAGGGUUAUUCUGAAGAGGUUUUGUCCAUGUGCUUUCUUAUCUAACCUUUCUUCCCAAGAAACCUUCUUUCUUCCAACAGCCCAUCUUCCCAAAAACACCUAAAACAUUAAGCAAAGCUAAGGCAAGAGAUAUACUCUGUAUUCUCUGUAGAAGGGACAGGGGCAUAAGGGCUAAUUACCAAAAACCUUUUCAGCCGAUUCCAUUAGUAUUUACACAGACAGGUGAUGCUAAAAUGACUGUGUAGUUUGGUCACACUUAUUUGUGGACUGUAGUGUAUAUAAACUGUUUGUCUGUGGUUUGUAAUAUCUUAGAUGGACUACCAGAGUGACCAGGACAGCAUUUGCCACUCUCUUUAACUUCCAUCUUGGUUUCAUUUGCUUGAUGGAUGUUUCUGUGACACCCCCUUGCCAGAGAUGUGGGUGUUCACCAAGUCCCACAUCACCUUCUGGCAAACAAGGCAAACCAGCCCUUCCUGAAGCCUUGCAGGCAGUGGUCUGGGUGGUGAGGAAGCAUCCCACAAGCUCAGACCCUUCUUCAGGCAGGGAAAAGGGUUUACAGUAGGGGAGGCCUCCAAUGCUAAAAGUGAAAAAUUCUCCCAAGGUUUUGGGCAACUUGAAAAACACACUGGAAAUCACAGUACCUUUAAAAUAAGGCUCCUGUCUAGCCUCCUACAGAUUGGCAACAAAGUUGUGAUUUUCAUUUCAAUUUCUCUGGUAAGUAGUGGAGUAGCUUUGCAUUUCUAUUAAUUCAAAGCUGUCUCUAGAUGGCUUCAGAGAGCAAAGAGAACUCAUCACUGUGGGAACGGCUGUGCUCUAGGAAGGUAUUGUAGCCCAUGGGCAACUUUCCAUCUUUGUGGGUAGGAUCUGGGCACCAGCACAUUGCCUGUCUUCAUUAAUUAGCUGAGAGAAGACCAGGCAGAGCCAUGUGCUCCUUGCUCACUGGCUGCUGCUGAGGCCUGGAGCAAAUCCCUGUAUUAAAAGCACUUAAAAACGGAACAGAGGUGAUGGAAACGUGGUUUGUUCACUGUGAAUAUCCAGCUGGGAUAGUUGGAAUAACUGCAAGGGAAGAGUUGCCUUUGCAAAUCGUGUGCCUGAUUUACUGGUUAAAUAGUUUUUCAGUCCUCCCUAUUUAGUCAACCAGGACAUUAAGAUGUCCAGAAAUAAAGUGGAAUGAUUGGUUCCCAGUACUAAUCCUAAUGGCCACAAAUCCAGUAUUUCAGAUUUUUUGCUCAGCACUUAACAAGUAGAAUCAAUCAGGCUUCAUUUAAAUAAAUGAACUCCUAUUGCAGAGUUAUACCUGAUUUCAUGCUUUCCUUUAUUGGUCACUAGAUCUUUUCUAUAUCACAUAAAAUUAUGUUUACAUUAAAACUGAUCUGUAGAUAUGCCUGAAACAGCACCUAAUGUGAACAUGAAGUCAGUGUUCUCAAUGCAUAGGGUAAGUCUUGUGAAACCUUUUUUGCAGCCGAAAGUCUUGAACCAUUCACUGAAAUAAGACAACUAUUUGAUUUCAACAAAAUGGAUUUUUUUGUCAAUAAAAUCAUGGAUAAAUACUUGAGUUGGAUUUCGGGCUUCUGAGUAUAUAUAUAUAUAUGUAAAGCUACAUACACAAAUUUUCUUUUAGAUCACAGAAAUGAAUGCUCCAACUUAAAGUUUAUUCAUCAAAAUAGCUGGAGAAAAUAUCCACUUAAUCACAUAGUCUAAACACAUUGAAGUAGGGGGGAAAAAAGGUGUUCAUUUUCACCUGUGUUUAUUUUUUCACCAGUAAAAACAAAUAAAAAGAGAAGAAAAAUAAUCAUAGUGCCUAUGACAAAGAUUGUGUUUCAAGGAGUGUGCAAAGUGUACCACGAUUACUUUAACUGCAAAUGGAGCUGCUUUUAGACUGAGUGUGGUUGAAAGGAAAUAUCCUUAGAAAAACUGUCACGCAGAAUCCCAGGAAAUGUUUUGGUUCAAUAUGUUUGGCCUCCAUUUUUGUGGAGCUGUACAUUCCUGUCCAUGGUUCUAAAGGAUAAAAAAAGAACUUAUUUCAGAAUCAAUCUGUAUUUUGACUCGUUUUUAUACUCCCCACACCCAGGCUGGUUUACCUUUUGUGUAAGUGAAGCUGAACAGUGUAAUUUUUCUAUUUAGUGCCACGAAUUAGUUUUAUGGCAUUCCUGAAUUCAGUCCUUUUCCCCUGCUCAAGUGGUGUGUUCCUGCUGUCUCCAGCCAUCUCUCACUCAAAGCAGAGGUUUUAUUUGUCCUCAAAGCCACAGAGAGGGUUGAGACCAAUCCUUCUGAAGACACCAGCUCACUUCAUUCAGCCUUGCUGGUAGGAGGAUCAGCAGGGCUUGGAGUUGGAGACAACAAGGCACAGGGAUCUCUGGCGUCUCAACACACAGAGAGGCACCUGCCUGGGAAGUCCAAGCCUUCUGCUGCUGAAGUCAGUUCUUCCAGUCUUGCCUGCAGCCCUCUCAGCUUUGGGCUAAAUGAACCAGGUAGAAAGGCUGAACUAUCCAAAAUAACACAUUCGCCAGGAGGAUCAACUGAGAAGAGAGGCAGAGAUGGCAACAUCUUUCAUUCUGAAGCACCACCAAAAAAAAAGCACAAGUUCUUUGCAAAAUAGCUUCUUACCUGAACACAGUGAAGGUGUCACAGCAGCAGCCAUGGGGAUGGGGCAGAAUUUCAGUGUCACACACCCACGACUAGCCAGGGGUUGCCACAGCGGAUGCGGUGCCCACCCCUCCUCACAGCCUCACAUGCUAAUUUGCAGGGAUGCUCUUCCCUUCCCCUUGUGCUCAGGGUCAUGUUUUCAAGCACAGCCCCAGAAGUUUGUGCUAAACCACUCCAUGGGGAGCUUAUUCAUCAUCCAAACUCCAAGCAGGCUUUCUGCUCGAGUGCUUCCUAAAUGCCUCUCUGGUAAUGCCAGGGAGCCCUCAGCAAUGUCCCGAGUCUCUGCAGGACCCUGACACCAUCAGCUCUGCCCACGGUGUGCUGAGCACCCUGAACCCAGCCAAGGGAAAGAGGGUGCAGGGCUGUGGGUGCUCCCCAGCUCCACUCCAGCUCAGUCCAGCUCCCCCAUCACUCCUGCAUGCUGUCCUGCAGAUCCCCAUGUUCCUGCUACACUUGGGCUUCUUCUGUUGACUUUUAUUUCUCUCUGUGGUCCAGAAUAGCUCUCUGGAUCUGGCACUUGGCUUCUGCUUAUGCCUGACUUUUGCUUGCAAUCUGCCUUGCUUGAGCAGUGUUGGUCCAAGUGCUUUUGAGCAUGCUGAUGUUACAAAAUAGCAAAAAAAGAGUUUUACUUUCAAAGCUGCUCUUUCAGGCACCUCAUACUCUUGGGGCACAGGCACUUGGAUGAGUUUGAUGCUGAAGUCCCCUGGGCUAAGAAGAAGGUUUUCCCUUUUCCUUGGGGCAGAUUUGGGUGGUUGUAUAAUGCUGCCCCAGAUAAGGCUCUCACCCACGGGCAGCCCACACCUGUGUUGGUUGGGUGGAGCUGUUUGCGUGGUUUGCAGUCGCAGUGUAACCACUGAGGACACGCUUUGUCUCCCCACCUCUCAGGUUUCUUCUCCUGGUGUGCCUGCACCAGAAGGUUCCUGUCUUGCUGGGAGGAGGCAGCUCUGGAGGUAUGGUUUUAGUAGGAGGCUUUUUUUGGGAGGCAUUUGGGUUGGUUUGUUUGUUUUUCUCCCUUUGCUUUGUGCUGAAUAUUUCCUGUAGUAGGUAUUUUAUUUUUUCUAUGGCAUAGUAACUUAGUUUAUUAGUCUGAGCAGGGAUUAAGGUAUUUACUCCAUUUAGAGCUAUGGUUGAUUGUUUUGAAAAUGUAUAUGCUUGGUAAGAGAAAAUCUCCUUAGAUUUCCCCCAAACACAUGGGUAAGACUUUUGUUUGCUCCUUUCCAGAAUGCAAAAAUCUGAAGCUUAUUUAGAGCAUGGUUUAUGCCAUGAUAGGCACUACAUGCUAUCCAACCAUCCCAUAAAACAUCCUGUGUGCAGAGGAGCACUGUGAGUUUUCAAGGGUGCAACUUCAGAUAUAACAAAUAGGAAUGAGGAGAGAAGCUCAUAAAAUUCCUGUUAAGAGUCAUGUUUGAUACUUACUUAAAAUUUCAUGUUCUUAUGGUAUGUCCUUUGCCAAAGACUCAUUAAUUAUGAGUGCUUUCUGAAGCAAGGCUGCAGCAGGUAUCAUACAGCAUCAGGAAUGCCUUGUGAUGAUCUGUAUCCUAAUACCUGCAACCACUUUGCUUAGGCAGUCUUCUGCACAGCAAGAACUUUCCUCAAAUCACUUAAAUAUUUUUAAUUCACACCCUUCACAGAUCCAAAGCAAGCUGUUAAAGAUGCCUACAGGUAGCUCUCAAGCUACAGUAAGAGUUAUGUUUACUGCUAAUGGGAGGCUCUGCAGUCACCUACUAACAAAAUGCUUGUAGGUACUAUGUGAAAUAAGAAUAAGCCUUACUGUAAGUAUUUUUCUGCCAGGACUUGCACAAGCAGGUCACAGUGAAGUGCUUGCUUACUUGCAAAAUGCCUCUGUUCCAGUACAGCUUGAAGCAAAGAUGAUGGUGAAAUUAAUUUGUUUCAGGUGUAGCACUGCUCCCCCUCCCAAAAAGUGUUUGCUACCAAUUUAUUAGUACUUAAAAUAGCGCAGUUAUGUCUAUAGGUUAUGGAUGUUUUUUAACCUUAAGUCAAAAGCUUGUUUCUCUUCGCUUUUUCUCCUUCAGUACAGUGAGAGAUGAAAUUAGAGGUGGGCAGGCAGCAAAAGAACAACCACUGAACCCCUGGUUUUACCCUCUUCUGGCAAGUUUGUCAUUGUAUUUUUAAUUUGUUAUUUAUAAGCAUUGUUACAAUAAGAUUGACUGAGAUUUAAAGAUGCCAAGAAGAGGCUGGCAUUUUGGGAGGCUCUGGCAGUGGGCAGCAGAGGAAUUGAAGGAAGGCAAGGCUUGGGGAAAGGGUGGGUCUCCCUUAAGAUGAAGAUGUAUUUUGGGAUAUCUGUGUGCCAAGGACUUGGAGGACAAAAUCUGUGAAUGUGCUCCAUAUUCAGAUAAGCCAGAUGGAUACUUCCAGGUCAGUAAAGGCAAGCUGGUUGCAGAACUAGGUGGGAGAAUCUACUCUGAGAAUAAGACUUCUUGAUAAUUAUCUACCAGAAAAAAAGGUGGCUCCAAAUAUAAAUUUCUAUUCAGCAUAAUCACCUGAGAGCAAAAUCCAAGAGGGAUUAUUUGCAGGUGGGCUGUGAUUAGUGGUGCCUGGGUGUUCUUGACCCACAGCUGUAUCUCCAAAGUCUUCAGACUUCCAGGUGGCUUGGGCUAGGAGUGAUGGAUUAAAUAGAUUGACUAAUCCAAUGGAAAGAUGAUGUUUUCCAGCAGUGCUGAUUUAUUUUUAAGGAAUCAAAGAAGACAGAGGAGAGAAAAAAAAAAGCUGUUCACUUUGAGAGAUCUGGUUAGUUAUUUUACUUGCUUUUUCUCCUGAAGUCAGGUCAGAGAAGACAACAGGGAUUGAAUUUUAGGAACUAACUUAGGGAAAGCAAACUUUUAAAACUAUUUCCUGUAGCCUGGGAUGGUGCUGAUUCUCCCCUCAGACUGGUUACUGCAGGCAUACACGUGCCUGCUGUGCUGCACUCUGCAUCUCUCACUUGUAACAGUCUCUUCCCAUUACUUCUCCUAUUUCAGAGCAUGUUCCAGUGCAGUGGACCUGGGCUGCUGGGAGUGGAGAAAAUAUGGCUUCUCCCCAGCAGAUAAUAGAGAUCCCUCCAGCUGCAGUAUGUUCCCUGCUUUCUCUUUGGUGUCCCACAUGAAGUUGCCAGUUGUCCUUCUCGGGGGUUCUCCUAUGCUGUCUCGUGCUCCAGUUCUUUUUCCAUAUCAUGCUUGACAGGUUGCUGCUGUUUUUCUAAAGAUAGAGCUGCUAUUCUAGGUUGUGAUUUAUACCAGGAAUAACAGCUGUGACAGCUAUUCAGGAGUUUCUCUCUUUAAAAUAGAAAGAUAGUUGUGGGUUUGGCCAAGUCUUCAGGAAAUCUGGUGCUUUUUGAUUGCUUAACAGUCUGCAUUUUACCAUUGCCUGUAACAGCUUCUUGGCCCAGACUCUGUAGGGUAUGCCUUUCUCUGCAGGAUUUCUUAGUUUGAAUUGAAGAGCAUUUAUAAAUUCAUUGGUGAUAAUUUUUACUGUAAAUGUAGACUGGCAAGGUAUAGAUACAUAACUUCUGAUUUCACAUCAAAUGAACUUUUUAUUCCUGUCUAGUUAAUUAAGCCAAUGUAGUUUAAAUUCUCUGGCAUAGAGCUUUUUCUCUCCAUGAAUUAAAUGGAUUAACCUUUCUUAGAAAGCUAUCACUAAUUAUAUUACUGUACUGGGCUAUUAACUCCUUUCCUCAAUAAGGUACUAUUUUUAUAUGGCCAUGGUGACCUGAAGUAAUUACAACCCAAGUUUUACUUGAAACCUUUCCAUUUAGUGCUCUUCUGAUGAAAUGCACUGCUUCUACUAAUGUCUUACAAAUAUUGUGAAGGAAUAACAGUGCACAGAGAGAAUUUCAGUCAGUGCUAUCAGAGCAAUAGCUGUGGAUACCCUAAGAUAAGAGUAUUCCUUUUCUCCCUUAGGUUAUCACUGAGGUAAUAACAUGCAUGUUUGAGAAGAGGAAGCAAGUGUUCCCUGUUAGCAUCUCUUAGAUUUCUUUUGUAUGCUAGAAAUAAUUUAUUUUAUCUAGUUGAAGAUGAUGGAAAAAUCAGAUUUUGAUUUACUGUAUGUUUGAUGUCUGAGACUGCCAGGAGUCCAAAAUUCACAAUGCCAAAGGCUGAAUUUCUCUUUCUUGUGUUUAGAAGUGUAAAAUGUUGGGCUGCUGCUGCCUGCAAGAAGAGGUGUUAGCUGAAUACUUGCUGAUUGUCUAACACCUGAUAUCUUAGGUGAGCAAAGCCUCCUUCAAUCCAUUCAUGUGAAAUUAAAUGGGGAGAACUCAAAGGGGUUUGUCACCAGAGAGGAGAACUUGUCACCUGAGUUUCAUGAAAGAUGCAUCAUGAAGCCAAGCAGGAGUGGAUUUCAUGAUUUAUGGAUUAAAUAUCACUUUAAUCAAGAAGACAUUUUAAGUAGCCAGCUUAAUCAUUGUCAUCAACUUCAUCAGGGUGAUUGAAACCAUCAUUACUUUAGCAACUGAUUAGCAAGAGCUGGAUGUGGUCUUUCUACUAAUGCUGGAGCUGCUCAUUAGAAAGGUGUCAGAGGUCCCUGACACUAUCUCUGCAUGAUCUGCCCUGGUGCUUUUGCUGUAUUUUGCUGGAGAGUAUGUGGUUUUUUCCUUAGAUUAAACUUUCUGUGUAAUUCAAAAAAAUUACUAUUUCGUAUUACAAGCACAUAAGUAUUUGCAUAAAACUAGUUGAUAAAAGCAGAGAGUGCAGAAGCCUGAUCGUUGAUGAUUUGUUUAUCCAUGAUUACAAAACCUAAGGAACAAUUUAAACACAGUUUUUAAAAUAAAAUCUAAAAGAAAAGGUUGGAGUCUUCUGAAGGAAAAAAAAAAUUGCAUCUAAACAAUGCAAAAUCCCAAAGCAAUGCCUGGUGGAGUGGACAGGUGGUUGAUAUGUGCUCUGAGAGAAAAGCAAUAUUGGGCAAGAUUACUAAAAUGAGAGUCAGUUUGGAAGUUAAUGUGUAGGCUUCUCUGUCUGGAAUAAGAAGAUAAUAAGAAACAUGAUUCAUGUGUAGUGUACCCCUGGGGUAUUUGGGGCAGGUAAAGAGGGGAAAAAAAAAGGAUUUUUCUGUAAGUACUCUAGAAUAGGCCAUUUAAGAUACAAGCAGCAGUGAAGCCUGGAGAAGGCUUCAGGAGCCUAAAAAUGAGUCUGAAAAGCAACAAAAAUAACCAUAAACUAUAUAGGAAGUUACCUGUAGAGGUGAUGAACCCAGCCAGCCAGAGACCUUGGGUAGGGGGUUGCUUUCUGUCAAACUGAAGAUAAAUUAUGCCUGGUUAGGAAAGCAGCCCUCUUGCUCUAGUUUUCAGAUUUUUUUUUUUCCUUUUUCCCAAAAAAAGUCAUAUUUUUAACUUCACAAUGCUAGCAAAGAAUUCAGAACUUGAUCAAAGACACAGGUACUAGCAGUUUUAUCAGUAAUCUUGAAGGAAUUUAUAUCUAAUUAGUCAAAUAAUCCAGGUUUUGCCCUGGAUUCUCAAUGGGGGUUAUUAUAGAAAAACCUAAAUAAACAUUUUCCUAAAAUACUUCCCUGAACAUGGGGGGAAAUUGAGCAGCUCUCAGCUGAAUAUGAGUGAGACUUGAAGAUUUGUAAUGCAAGCAUGGUGAUUUUUGACAAAGACCUCAUCUGUAUUCAGAUGGAGAAUGGGGAAAGGCAGCUGAGGAUGUUUUUUGUCGUUUUGCAAUAACCACCAUGGGAAAGGCAAUCAUUCCCAGCCCCAGCAGUCCCAAAGAAGCAGCAACCACAAGUAACAAGGAGGGCCCUCAGCAAUACACAAAACAGUGUGGAGGGACACAGAAUUUCACUUUAGUUUCGGAAUGCAUGGAAAAACAUUACUUUGAAACUAAAGCCUUUUAUUUAUCUUUAUGUCUCACAAACUGAGCUUAAUGAUAGGCAGGACUGAAAGGAAAGUGAUUCAGAAAGGAGAGUUUAAUGAAAGUGGGAAAAGCAAAGAUAAAGGGGUUAGAAGGGUUCUUGAACAGGAGGACAAGAAAUGGCUCCCCUACCUUAUUUCUCAUAUUGAAAUUCAUGUUCUUGUCAUCUUGAAAGAUGUGGGAGACCACCUGAGACCAAGAUAUGUGCUGAUUUAACAGCCAUAAUCCCUUCCCUUUGCAAGGCAGGAGCACUUGUGUCAAUCCUGAUCAGCUUUUUGUGAAAGGCAUUUCCCCAGCUGUGAUGGCAUCUUUCCAGGACCAAAUCUUCCAGGGCUUUUCUGGCUCUUUGGUGCCAUAUGUACUGGUUGCUGAGGUCUUGAAUACUUGUUUUCAUUAUUAGAGGGAUAUUUCCCAGAGUAUUGUGUUCUUCAGAUUCACACAAGUGGCUUGCCAGCUGUUAAGAUACUUUGUUGUAUAGAGAAGAGCUCCUCCAAGUCAAAGCAGUAUUCUCUGCCAUCACAGGGUACGUGGAGUUGAUAUUUGAAGCCUGAAGUUAGCAGAGGGGAUUUCAUCAGGCUUCCUGCACUAGUACAGCUCUGUCUCUUUGGUGCACAGGGAGUUGUGCUGUCUCCCCACCUCUCUGCCCUUCUGAGUGAGCAGGGCUGGUGAAGGCAGCGUGGCAGCAAUGCUGCCAGCACCCUCUGAGGCUGUGCAGUGUCCCUGUGCACCUGGCUCCUCUCCUGGCCCUGCUGUCACAGCAGAUGUUGCAGCAGUGCUCCCUUGGAAUCAGGCUUCUUAUGCUUCCAUGAGUAGAAGAGACUGAAUCAAGUUUCCAUUUUAUUCUUCGGGCCGACAUGCUUUAGCAUCAAAGGAGUGUUCCUGCUGUGGCUGCUGUUUCAAAGCACACACUGGAAUUUCAUUUCUAUUACUCCUCAUUACUGAUAGCCUGUCUCUCUUGCUCACUUUUGUUUCAGACCCUGCAGAUGGGCUUUGAGAGAGGCCCCUCCUCCCACUGGGGUGUUGCUAUCCAUGUUGCUUAGAAGGAGCAUUUGGUACCAUUAACAGGCUUUUUAUGGUGGCACCAUUGUUUUAAGAGUGUGUUUUGGAGUGCCUGUGUACUUGGCAAUCGCUGAAGCAGCAGCACCUGUGACUUUCUGGAGAGAGGAGAGACGAGCUGCAGAGGAUGGGCUGCAUGGGGAUGGCAGCCAGUCUUGGCAAAGCCUGGUGGUGGGGCUGGGGCUGCCUCUGUGCCCUGAAAUGAGCAGUCCAGGCUUCUGCUGCCAUGCAGGAGGACAAUCAAACCUUCUAAAUGUAGCAAAUAACUGCAGCAGCAGACUGCAGGAGUGCCCAAAGCAACCGUGAAGCACAUCUGAUGGGUCCUGGUGCCUUGUCAGCAGUAAAUAAUCUUUGUGUGCCUUGACGGCAGCUCCUAGCUCUGGUGAUGAGGGUUCUGCCACCAGCCACGCUGGCCUCUGCUUAGCCAGAAGCUGGACUCGGGGGUUGCCCUGGACCUUGUGCAUGGGAGCCAGUGUCUGCUGAAAGAGUGAUGUGGAGGGAGUUUCCCAGAGAGCAAGGUAGCUCCUAAUCCCGUUUCAAUUAUUUCUGUGGCAGUGCAGUCACCAGCUGUGGGCAGGAUUGAGAAGGAUAAGUACAGGGCAGGUCAGCCAGAUUUCUGAGGUAUUGCAAACAGCUUUUUGAGCAAAGGGAGAGUGUGAUUAUGCUGUUGUGUCUGUACCUGAAGAAAGAACUAACUUGUUGCUGUAAAGAAAAUUGCUGGAUUUCUCUGCUUCUGCCUUAUUUCUAUUUUCCUAACAUGCUUCCUUCUAGAUUUCUUUAUUACUACUAUCUGGUUUAGGUGAUCUAAUUUUGUGGUCAAAAUGAGCAGAUGGAGAGGGACAUGCUAUUCCCUAGCAUGUUCUAAAUGACAUCAGCCCAGUGAGUUUAAGCACUGGUACAAAAAGCUGAGCGAGAAUCACAAACAAUUGUUGUAUCAGACAUAAAUCAGGUGUCUCAACCUGAUAACAGACCAGGCAUAUACUAACCUCUCACCAACAUGGCAGAAUUUCAGAAAGUUCAUGUGUGUGCUCUCUAGUUAACCUGCUUAAAGAAUAAUGAGUAUUUACUUCUACAGAUCACUGUGGAAAGAGAUGCUGCAUUUUUAACCAGGGUGUUUUGUACAUGUUAAAAUCACUGAAACCUUUGAAAACAAAUCUGCUGUUGACUGUAAUAAAAAUUGUGUGUGUGUGUGAAAUAGGAGUCCCAAAGAUGUAUAAACAUCAUCCUGCCAAGGCAAAGUUUAGUGAAGGACUGCCAAGAUGCUGAGAAAUGAUCUGGUUUUGUCACUUUUACCAUCACUCAUAUUAAGUACUUACAUCUUGAAAGUAUAAACACCUGUUAAGUCAUCCUUUUUUCUAAGGUUAAGGAAAGAAGUCUGUGCUGCAGUUUCAGGAAAUAGGGCUGAGAAGGGACCAUAGGAAGCCAAAGUAAAAUCAGGACUUUGGAUGGGUGCUCAUCAAACUUCUCUUCAAAGCUUGUGUAAUUUCACUGGACAACCCCUUCUACUCCCUUCAUAUUCUAACUCUUUAAUGCUUUUGCUGCAAGACUUAAUUUGGUUUCUUCUCCUUUGAUAGGCAGAGAGGUUUUCCAUUUUCCACUUUGUCUGUAGCUCUGUGAGUAUUUGAGGACUGUUACAAAUGUCUCUUCCCCAGGUGUGUUGUUCUGGAGCCACCUUGCCCUCGCCGCUCCCUUCCACCAAGGAAUACUUCAGCCAGUGUCUCCCCCAGUUACAACAAUGAAAACUUGAUAAUUACCAAGUACUGUUUUACCAUUCAGCCUUCAUUUUGCAGUGAUUUCAUUUAGCCCAUGUUUUCUGUGUUUUAUAAGAGUAACAAAAAUCUUUAUUAUAAUCAAUGUAUGUACUCUGCUGGGGCUUUCCUGCCUUCAAGGCCUCUUCUCCUGUUUGGGGUGGAAAUUGGACUGCUACAAGUUAGUAUUUGACAAACUCAUGUUUAUUGUUAGUACUUGCAGACACUUGUAAAACUUAACCCAAAUUAAUUGAGUUUGAGAGCAGAAAUACCUUGAUUUCAUUCUGUGUUCCCACAAAUAGUUUCUUUCUUCUUGUAUCUUCUAAGAAAAGAGCCCAGUCUGGUUAGCCCAGACCUCUUCCUUCUGCCCACCCUCACUUAUUUCUCAGGGGCAUUUUCAGUGAUCCCAGCCCACGUGUGAGCUCCUAAAGGUGAUGUGUAACUGCUUGAAGAGAAACUGGCUGGAGCAAUGUCUUCAAAGCUCAAGGGAAGCAUUUGCAAAGGCAGGGAUACAGAAGCCAGCGUGCCCCUACACAAGUUUUGAGGCUCCUGAAGGUAGAGACUCAAGCAGAAAUCUGUGUCAGAUCAAAUGGAAGCUGCUUGCCUUGCAAAAGAUCCCCCCAGAAUGAGAAAAUAAAACAUAUAUCUCUAUUUUAUUUACAGAGCAGAGGAAAUAAAGCAGUUCUCUUGCAUCCUGGCAGGUGUGAGGGGUCUGUUUCGGGUCAGCACUGGCAGUGCUCCCUCCCCCUGCCCAGGCAGACACUUUUGCUGCCCAGUGUUCCCCAGACUUUGAAGUUUGUGUGCUCUGGUACAACCACACACAAACUCCAGGCAGUGCUGUGAGCAACACACCACUUGGGUUUUGAACAAGAUAAUUUAAAGUAUGGGGUUUGUGGACUUCAAAGAACAGAUGCACUAAACCACAAUGAUACUACCAGGUGUAUUUUAAAAGUGUAUUUCCAUGGACACCCAACAAAAAUUAUCCCAAAUUAAUGUUCUUGGAAUUAAUAUUUUGAAUGUCCUCUGUGGGAGUUCCAGUUAGGAAAAAAAAGUAGUUUUAAUUACUUUUUAAUGUGGCUACUGCUCUUCAGCAGUUCAGGGUGAUUGAUUUAUCAGACAUUUUAAAGGUUUAAAUGCAAUUAUAGGCUGAACAGAAGCCUGAGUAACCUCUUCUGUAGAUUUUCAUAAUUACAAUAUGGCAAAAUGAAGGUCCAAGAAAUAAAUUUUUGUGUCUUGGGAUAUCUAACAUGUAGCACACUUUAAAAAAAAUAUAUAGGAAAUGUGGUAUUAAGGGUUUUUUUCACUACAGUAGCUUUAGGAAAAACUGAGAAUAACAAUAAAAAAGACUCAGCUUCUGUGUUUUCUAAGCAUUCUCAUGGCUCACCAGUGAUGUUGCACGCUGGAGAUAUUACUAUGUGGAUGCUAGAUAUGGAGAUGGCAAGCUGGGGAGGAACAAGUGUUCCUAUCAGGAUCAUAGCUGGAACGGAUAUGAAUGAUUGCCUCUUCUGCUUCUGUCAGUAGGACAUCACCGAGUCACACUGCUGAAGAAUAAUCUUACCUUUCCAGUUAGUAAUCAAAGAAAAGCUUGAAUGCGUCUGAAAACCAGGAUGGACUUUAGGUUACUUGUCUGAAUUAUUUUCCACUCAAAGUUUAUCUUUCAGUAGUUAACAGAAAAUUUUCUGUGGUGCUAAUGAAUUGUUCAAUCAGACUUUUACCACUCCCCACACAGAAAAUAGAGCUCCUGCAGGCAGGGAAUAGAGCCUCAAAGACUCGACUGAAAUUUUCAAAGCAUGUGCGUAUUGAAGCUCCAGGGAUGGGGUUUUGGUCAGAUGUGCUUUUAGCACCCUGUUAGUCCACACUGGGUUUGUAUAUAUACUCACUGAUUCCCUCUAAGUAUUUUGAGUGGCCAAAGCCCAAUAAAAAUGUUACUUUCCCCAAGAAGUGAUAGAAAACUUAGUUGUGGUUUUUUUUAAUAGGACUGUAAGGAGACUGUAAGUGAAAUACUGCAGCUCAGGAAUGUGGACAGGUUACAUCUCAGGGUGCAGAGAAAGACUGAUGGUAUUGCUGAAACUCCUGGAGAUCCACAGCUUCAGUUUUCACAACAUAAGUUUCUCUUUCCCCCACCACUCCUCUUGGGAAGCUCUCCAGCCACAGGAUUGCACUUAGUGCCUGCUGGGAAAAAUUGCACGAGUGAAUUUUGGAGAGCAGGGAAAGCAAAAUCAGGGAAUGGAGGGGAGGAACAGGAGAAAAAAGUAAAGAACGUGCACAGAAAAGUUAAAACAGUAAAAUUUGCCUCUAUAUGUUUCAAUAGUUGGAUUAUUUCAGCAGUUUGGCAGUUGAGUUGUUUUUCUACCGAAAGUGGUAGUGAAGAGUGGUAUUAAAAGUGGGGGCAAUGCUUUAAUUUGCUCUUAAUUAAAUCUUACUGCAUUCUAUUUCACUUUAAAAUUUUCCUGGUUUUGGGUGAUUGCAAUUCAUACUUACAAUUCAUGCUUAAAUUGCUGUUCAUGCAUGUACUUUCUAUGGUUGCUAACAAAAAUUUAACUCUGAUUUGAUAGCACUACUUUUAAGAAAGGCUCAGGAAAAGUGUGUGGUAUGUUUGCAUUUGAUUGAUUAUAUACAAGUAGGGGAAAGCAUUAAUUUUAAAAGGGGAAAAAACCCAUUUGAGGUCACAUUUUGACAACCAGUGUUGCCAUUUAAACACUACGGUGACAAAAAUUUCUGUUACUGAAAUUCAUGGGUAAACUGUGGUCAAAAAAGGAAGAUGAGAAUUGAGGGGUUCUCCCUUCAUAAUGGCACCUGUGGCAGGCUAUGGUUUUGGUGGAGCAACAGCUGAUUUUUGUGUCCCAGGGACCACAGAAACACUUCUCUCCUUCAUGGCCAAACACAGCCAGCCUUAGUGGCUUCCAAAUAGGUGAAUCAGCAUCAGAGAGCAGGAGGCCAACAUAACCUCAUCCAUUGACUCAGAUACCAGUGAUGCACACACCCUGUAGGACCAUCUCAGUGCAGCUCAACUGCAAUAUCUGGACUGAUGUUUGGUACACUGACUUUAGUGGCUUGCUUAGAAAAACAAAGUGUACUGGUCUCUUGGGGCUUACAUUUUUCUGGGUGGGUUUUCUGGGUGGGUUUUUGUAGUUGGGUGGGUUUUUUUGUUGUUGUUGCUUUGGUUUGGAUUUUUGGUUUGGUUUUUUGUUUGGGUUUGGUUUUUUUUUUUUUUUUUUUUGGUGUGUGUUUGUGUACAUGUGCAGUGUUGUUUGGCAUAUAUCAGCUAAAUGGAGAGGAAAAUUCACCUGGGGAAACCUUGGCAGGUCCUGGCUGGAGGCCAAUUUCAAACAUUUUAUGACUGUAAAUUUGUUGCAGAGAAUCAAAGAAAUGAUAGGUAGAGUAUCCAGAAGCAGAAUAAACUAACCUCUCUCAAAUUCCAUCAGGAGAGCCAGUACAGCUAGGGAAAAGAAAAGCCAGAGAAGUUUUCCUCCUCUUUGAAGCUUUUCUAGAAUGAAUAUUUAAUGAUCGGUGUCUGCAACUUCUUCCAGACGAUAAUGAAUGUAAAACCUCCAGGUUUUUAAGGCAGAGAAGAAGGAGCCUAAACAAGAAUAAGCUCAGUGUGCCACUUGCACUGACAGUUAUCUGUAAGUAUUCCCCAGGGAUGUGAGCUACAGUUUGUGUGGAUAAUGCUAAAGGUAGCAUUUGAAACUUGAGGUGGGUGUGUGUGGUGUUUGUUCUCUGAGUAGAAACCUGGAGUGACUCCAGCAGUGGAAAUGCAGAAUCCUCCCUUCUGCAGCAGGCAGGGACCAAAUGGCACAACAAAGAGCAGGCUAUGAAUACUUGUGCAAAUGUAGAGAGAGAGAGGCACUUCAGUGAAAAUAUGCAGGAAAAAUGAAUAGUUUAGUAAAAGCUGCUUUUUUGUCCCCCUUGUAGAAAAUGUGCUUAGUAAUAGGUUCAUUUUGACUUCUAAAGGAAUUUCUGUCAAAUACAAUUAUCAGGGAAGACUACAGCUGCAAAGGUAUCAAAGCUAUGUUUGUGGAAAUCAGGUUUCAGAGUGCUUUGAGAUGGAAGAUAUUUGUCAAAUUUCUUUACAUGUCAUCUCAUGUUUCUUUACAAAUUUUCCAACUGUGGUAUAUGCUGUCUGUUUAAAGAUGAGAAUGCUGCAGCAGUUUUCUUUUUUAAAAAAGUCUUUGGCAGUUGCAUUAUAUUUAUUUAUUUUAUUUUUUCUCUUCACCACUUGAAAGGCAGAAAAGUGAAACAAAGCACAGAAAUAAAGCAGUCUGUCACACUGAAAACCUCUGAAAGAUAAAUAAUAAACUUUAUUUGCUAGGUAA